GCGUCUACUGUUGCGAAGUGCCCACAAGAAGCUCCGGCACGCGAGCAGAAGUGCCACGGUAGAGAGAGCUAUAGAGUUUGGCUUCUUUGCGCCAUCUCUGCGGAGGCUGGCAAAUGAUGUACUAGCGGUAUGUAUUACAUGUCAGCUGAAGAACGCCAAGCGAGAGUGGAGAAUUUCGCCGGGAAUCGCAGGUGCGGGAAUUUCCGAUUUGUCGCCGCUGAGUUUGUUGAAGAACGGCAAGGAACCAUUCUAUGCCGUAUCGGUCGACGCUAUAACCCUAGGAUCUGGCCUUCUCUAUCUGUCGGUGGUGUGCCUCAUGACGUACAGUGUGGUCUGGAUUGCCAUACCCGACCAGACGUCAUCAAGUAUUGCGUCAGCUAUCAGACGGGCUCAGAGGCGGGAAGGUGGUUUCGCGGUGAUAGUGGCCGAUAAUGCUAUUGCGAGGGACUCGGUGGCGAGAGACUCUGAGAUAGCUGGAUGGAACAUCAAAUUCAUAUCGGCGAAUCCUAGAGCACCAUGGACGACAGCAGCGGAGACUCAUCACCGCAGUGCGGUACGGGUGGCUAGGAUUAUUUUGAGAACUUACAGGGUAUCGGAUUGGAAACCGGAAGCGAUGGCAGCGUUAAAGCAAGAGGUAGCAGAUGAAAUAUCUUGGACACUGAACAGGACACCAUUAUCGUCGGCGGACAUCGAUGAUCAGGGAUAUAUCAAAGCUCUAACUCCGGAUGAUCUAAGAUUUGGCUACAUCCGUAGGGAGGGCGGCGGAGUUACGCUGAUGGAUAAUGAGGUUCCAUCUGGGGAAAGUCAAUCAGGAGAGAAGUGGUUAAGACGACAGGAAGCAAAUCUUCGACGAUUUAUGAAUGAUUUCUGGCCAGAAAAGCGACGCAAGGUUCUGGCAUCAUUGGGCCGAACGGAUUCAGUGAGGAAGGACUUCAUAUUUCGAGUCGGCGACCCAGUGAUGGUUUAUCAACCAAGUCGCAAGCAUCAUAUGCUUUGGCGGACGGGUUGGGUAGUGCAGUGUCUUAGCACACGGCGGUAUCGAGUACGUAUCGUGGCGAGUCGAGGUGAGCGCGUGACAGAAGAAAACCACUACAAUUUGUGCCCUCUAGAAGUACGCAGGGAUUAUGAGGAUAUGCCGCUUCCUGAUAGAGCUGGGAUGAGAAUAAGAUGCAGGCUGAAGCAUGAAGAUGGAUCGCUACAACAGCACUGGGGUACAGUAGUUAAAGAUUUAGCGGAGAAAGUACUCAUAUGUUGGGACGUAUCAGACCUAGGACAGAGUGCGUUUGAGAUGUUGAAGUUGGAGGAAGAGGACUGGGAUUUGGGCGAUUCGGAUGUCGACGCUUCCGAGAGGGGGGCGUGUCGCGGCACCGAAUGA